AUGGGAGUUGAGUCUGGAACUAUGCUGGAGACUGCGAAUGCUUUGGCAACGUCCGACCACACUUCCGUUGUUGCAAUAACGUUGUUUGUGACGCUCCUUUCUGCAUGUAUUGUGAUCGGCCAUCUGUUGGAGGAAAACCGUUGGAUGAAUGAAUCUAUCACCGCACUCAUUAUUGGUGUGGUCACUGGAGUUGUAAUCCUACUAAUAAGUAAAGGGAAGAGCUCACAUCUCUUGGUGUUCAGUGAGGACCUUUUCUUUAUUUAUCUGCUUCCACCAAUCAUUUUCAAUGCUGGGUUCCAGGUUAAAAAGAAACAGUUCUUUCGCAACUUCAUGACGAUCAUGUUGUUUGGAGCAGUUGGUACUUUGAUAUCCUUUGUCAUCAUAUCAUUGGCAAUUGGAGCGAUUUUCGCAGCAACAGACUCGGUUUGCACAUUGCAGGUUCUCAGUCAGGACGAGACGCCACUGCUCUACAGUUUAGUUUUCGGAGAAGGGGUUGUAAAUGAUGCAACAUCUGUUGUUAUUUUCAAUGCAGUUCAGAACUUUGACCUCUCUCAUAUCAAUACUGCUGUGGCUUUCAGCCUCAUUGGAAACUUUUUUUAUUUAUUUAUCUCGAGCACUGUAUUGGGAGUUGCAACUGGUUUGCUUAGUGCAUACGUCAUAAAGAAGCUCUAUUUCGGAAGGCAUUCUACUGAUCGUGAAGUUGCCAUCAUGAUGCUCCUGGCUUACUUAUCUUACAUGUUGGCUGAAUUAUUCUACUUAAGCGGAAUCCUUACUGUAUUCUUUUGUGGGAUUGUGAUGUCGCACUAUACCUGGCAUAAUGUCACCGAGAACUCAAGAGUCACCACCAAGCACACGUUUGUUACAUUAUCAUUUGUUGCCGAGACAUUCAUAUUCCUUUAUGUCGGCAUGGAUGCUUUGGAUAUUGACAAGUGGAGGGUUGUUAGUAGCAGUCCGAAAAAGUCCAUGGCCGUUAGUGCGACUCUGCUGGGGUUGACUAUGGUUGGCCGUGCAGCCUUUGUAUUCCCUUUGUCAUUUCUGUCCAACUUGACCAAGAAGUCCCCGACUGAGAAGAUUGAAUUUAAGCAGCAAAUCACCAUAUGGUGGGCUGGGCUUAUGCGGGGCGCUGUUUCUAUGGCUCUUGCUUACAAUCAGUUUACUAAAGCAGGCCAUACCCAGGACCGUGGAAAUGCCAUCAUGAUUACAAGCACUAUAACAGUUGUCCUCUUCAGCACUGUGGUGUUUGGGCUGUUGACCAAACCCCUGGUGAGGUACCUGAUGCCCUCCCAGAAACAACUGAGCCGGAUGAUAUCCUCCGAGCAGCCCCUCACCCCAAGCUCCUUCACGGUCCCACUUCUUGGUGAGGGUCAGGACUCAGUCUCCGAGCUGUUCAGUGGAAAUGGGAUGAGCUCUGAGGGUCGAACUGUGGCCCGCCCGAGUAGCCUGCGCAUGCUGCUGACAAAGCCCACCCACACGGUCCACUACUAUUGGAGAAAAUUCGACGAUGCUUUCAUGCGACCCGUUUUUGGCGGGCGUGGGUUUGUGCCGUACGUGCCGGGCUCCCCCACUGAGCACAGCGUUCACCAGCAGCAGCAGCAGCAAUGGCAAGGAGAAACCAAACACUGA